AUGGCGCCCGACACGACAGGUCCUGACAAUGAGACAGCCAACACUCGCAACUUCAAUCUCUUCAGACGAUGCGUCCAAUGUCCUCCAGAAAGUCCCGCUUGUCCACCAACUUGCCCUACCGGCGAAGGCUGCCGAUUGAUUUCAUACUCAUGCGAUGCCUGCGCCCACACAAUCUGUGCAAAGGAUGUUUUGCCUGGGCAGUUGAACGAGUCAAACUCCAGUAGCUCUAAAGCUCCCAUCGCCGGAGGUGUUGUAGGUGCUAUUGCUGGACUUGUCAUCAUCGGCCUUCUCGUCUGGUGGUUCUGGCUUCGACCAAAGCGGAAAGCUGCACAAAGUUGGCAGAACGAGAAACGUUCGACAAUGCGCUCCGCCCAUCAGCAAUCCGUCCACUCUCGCCGUUCCGUGGCUUCAACCGUUCUUUCUCGAGCCUCAAACGUCAUUCAGAUUGCGUACAUCCCAGGCGUCACUGUCAGAUCACCACCACAGUCGCCAGGCCUUGUUCCUCCAGUGCCAUCUCUACCCGGAAGUUCCCCUAACGCCAACAACGAACCAGAACAACACUUUUUCAUGCCCAGCGAUCUCCGUGCUUCCACCUGGUCCGAUGCUUCCUCCGUCAACAACAGAAUCAGCCUUUCACCAAGUCUGGCACGAACAACCUAUUAUGGCAACGAAGCGGAAGACGUACCACCUGUACCUGCCCAACAUGCAUUCCGUGCUCAAGCUGCCAUGGUCAGUGUCAAGUCCGCCAACAAUACCCCUGCCUUGUCUGGAAAGUCUCCCGCCGUUCAGCAAGGCUCAAAGAUGGGUAACAGCUCCAUUGUUGCUAAGACUAUGACUGCUCGACCUAUCGAAAUCAAGAAGCAGGGCUCCAAUCCUCGAGUACCUACACUCGGCAAUCUAGCCAAAGAAAACUCCAAGUCCACGUCGGUUAGUGCGUCAGAGAAAAGCGUUCCGGUCUUUUUCGAUGAGAAAGAGAUUGUAUCUCCUGUGGUGAGCGAGAAGGAAGUCGUCUCACCUGACGACCCUUUCUCCAUCAAACCCAAGCCAUCUUUUGCGACCAUGAAUAGUCAGCGCUCUUCGUCAGUGAGCGGCAUCUCAAGAAUAUUGCCAAUUGACGGUCCAUUAGCUAGCGGCAAUACUCAUCGUCACAGCAAAAGCGAAGGAUUGAAUGCUAUGAUUGAGCAAGCAUUGAGGGAUGCUGCUGGUUCCACGAUGAAGAGGCCAGAGCUGAAGAAGCAGGACUCGAGUCCUUUUUCAGAUGUGCAUGAAAUUGAUGGAAAGGAAAGCACUCCAUGA